AUGGAGAUGCGUCGGUUGCGUUUCCGGCAAUUCCGGUACCAGGAGGCGUCGGGACCGCGGGACGUUUGUCGGAGGUUACGGGAGCUGUCGCAGGGUUGGUUACGGCCGGAGGUGAGGAGCAAGGAGCAGAUCAUGGAGUUGCUGGUGCUGGAGCAAUUCCUCAGCAUCCUUCCCGAGGAAAUCCAGAGCUGGGUCUGGGUCCGACAUCCCGAAUCCUGCGCCCAAGCCGUCGCCUUGGCUGAGAGCUUCCAGUUGGGACAGGGAGAUCCCGAUGGGAUUUGGGAGCAGCAGGUGACGGUGCGUGUGAAAGUGGAGGAGGUGGCCCCAGGGGACGCAGAGGACCCCGAAAUGGCGGGGGACCCACCGAGCCCCCCAUCGGAGUCCCCCCAGCUCCCCUCUGGGGACGGCUGGCGGGAGGAGGUGGCCCGGGGCAAGGUCAAGUUUGUCCCCGAGGAAGAGGAGCGGCGCCUGCAGGAGACAGGUCCCACCGUGAUGAGCAGAGACCCGGAGGCAUCCAUUUUGCAACGGCAAGACCCCCCGCACCCACCCAGCACCCUCCAGGGCAUCCCAGCAGUCGGGACCCCCGCCCGGAGAGGGCCUCACCGGCGCCAGAUCCCCCAGGAUCCCACCACCUUCCCACAGCCCCUCGCCCAAGCUCCGCCCGGACCGGCGGAGGACACCAGGAGCCCGGAGAAGCCCUGGGUGAAGCGGGAGCCGUCGGCGCAGGGGAAGGACCGUCCGUACCCCUGCGGCGAGUGCGGCAAGAGCUUCGGCCGGUUGACCCACCUGAAGACCCACCAGCGAACCCACACGGGGGUGAAACCCUACGCCUGCGGGGCUUGCGGCAAGAGCUUCGGCCACCUCUCCACCCUCACCACCCACCAACGGUUGCACACGGGUGAGCGUCCCUACGCCUGCGGCUCCUGCGGCAAGACCUUCACCAACCCGUCGGACCUCAACAAGCACCAACGGUCGCACACGGGCGAACGACCCUACCCCUGCGCCGCCUGUGGCAAACGCUUCAGCCAACAGUCCAACCUCACCAUGCACCAACGGAGCCACACCGAGGAGCGCCCCUACCCCUGCGGCGCCUGCGGCAAGAGCUUCAACCAAAGCUCGGCGCUGGGCCUGCACCGACGCCUGCACACCGGCGAGCGGCCCCACGCCUGCGCCGACUGCGGCAAAGCCUUCGCCGUGCCCUCGCACCUGGCGCAGCACCGGCGGGUGCACACCGGCGAACGCCCCUUCGCCUGCACCCACUGCGGCAAACGCUUCAGCCAGAGCUCGGCGCUGGCGCUGCACCGGCGCGGUCACACCGGCGAGAGGCCCCACGCCUGCGCCGACUGCGGCAAAGCCUUCGCCGUCGCUUCCCACCUGGCCGCUCACCGCCGCAUCCACACCGGCGAGAAGCCCUUCCAGUGCACCGAAUGCGGCAAGGCCUUCGGGCAGAGCUCGCACCUGAUGCGGCACCUGGGCACCCACACGGGCGAGAAACCCUACAAGUGCGGCGCCUGCGCCAAGAGCUUCACCCAGAACUCCAACCUCCUGCAGCACCAGCGCACCCACACCGGCGAGAAACCCUACGAGUGUGGCGCUUGCGGCAAACGUUUCGGCUGGAGCUCCAACCUCAGCCAGCAUCGCCGUCUCCACAGCGGCCAGAAGCCCUUCCAGUGCAGCCAGUGCGGCAAAUGCUUCGGCGAGAGCGCCCGUCUGCUCGAGCACCAGCGCACCCACACCGGCGAGAAGCCCUACCGCUGUCCCGAUUGCCCCAAGACCUUCAGCCGCGGCUCCCACCUCGCUCGCCACCGCCGCCUCCACGCAGCUGAGCGGGGACCCGGUCCGAAGGAUUCAUGGAGGAUCCGUGACGCGGUCAAUGGCUGCUACAGCCCUUCUGUGGUGGCCAUGGAGACGUGGUUUGGCCUCGUUGGCGCCCAUCAUCAAUACAAAGACUUCAGGAAGAUCCAGGAUGUGGCCAGUGGCUAUUACAGCUGUUCUGUGGUGGCCACGUGA